AAGAUGCCGGUGCAGCACGCUCGGAACGGUUAUUUGCUAGCAGAUCGUUGUCUGGAACGGUUUGCAAGUAACCUCGUACCGAUUCUUAUACGCCCUCCCACCCGUGGGCAACAGUGCGUGUGAAGGGAAGAAAGAAAGCUUCGUUUGGUUCGUGGUGAGCUUAGUGAAGGAGAAAGUGAACAAACGUUCGAUAGCAGGUGAAAAAGAGUGCGCUUUGUGUGGCAUAGAACAGAACGGCGGAAAUCAGUUUUGUGUUUUGCUUUUGCUGACGCAGUGAAAGUAUUUGCGGGGAGAAACGAUAUAGUUCGUGUGCAGUUACAGUUUACACUCGUCUACAGGAUGAAAUAUACGCUAGCUUUGCUUCCCCUGGCGGGACUCAUCACCCUAGCGACAGCCCAGUACGGUCCGGCCCCGCCGAGGCUGAACAUCCCCGGCGCCAUCCCGCUGCCGCCGAUACGCGAGGAGCGGCUGCUCCCGCAGCAGUCACCGCAAGUAAUACGCGUGCGGCGUCCGGGCGCGGUGCGCAUCGCCGCCCCGAACGCCAUCCACCACCAACUGCCGUCCGCCCUUCCCAAAUUCCACGACAUCCCGAGCACGGUCGAGCACAAGCCGGUGACCGAGGAGCCGGAGGACGACUUCCGACCCGCCUUCAUCCCGCAGCUCCAACAACCCCACCACCACCACCAUCCCUCGCCCGCGACCCUUGCCUCUCCGGCGGCGCCGUCCCCGGCCGCCUCCCCGGCCCUGCAGUUCCCGAUCCCGGCGGACGAGCAGCCGAGCGAGCGCGACCGCGAACUACAGCAAAAUGUUCUCUCUCGCUUCAAUGCACAGGAAAACCGGCCGGCACCGAUCCAGCGCGCCCAGAUCCCGGAGCGCUUCUUCGCCACCGACAAGGAACCGGCCCGGUUCCCGGCCGAGCGGCCCCAGCCGCAGCAGCAGCAGCAGCAGCCCACCCCGAAGCAGUACCGGCCGGCACCGCAGCAGAUUGCCCGCCCGGCACCGAUCGCAGCGCCGCAGCAGUCGUUCCGCCAGCAGCAGCACUUCCAGGACGAGGACCGCCGGCCCGCCCCGCACCAGCAGGCGGCCCGCCCGCACACGCAGCAGGACCAGGACCGGCAGCGCAAGCCGGUCGCGCAGAUCCUGCGCAAGUGGCGCGAGGAGCACGAGGACGGUUCGAUUACCUGGGGCUUCGAGAACGAUGACGGCUCGUUCAAGGAGGAAACGAUCGGCAUCGACUGCGUCACCCGCGGCCGCUACGGAUACGUCGACCCGGACGGCGAGAAGCGUGAGUACACGUACGAAACCGGCAUCCAGUGCGACCCGAACCAGCGGGACGAGGACGACGAGGACAACCUGGAGGUGGACUACCAGGAGAACAAGGCCGUCCUGCCGAACGGUGUGCGGCUCGAUCUGAACAACAUGGGCAAGAAGCAGUCCAAGCGACCGGGUGGCCAGCAGCAGCAGCAGCAGCAGCAGUACUAUCGUAACUAGAGUUAAGCGCGACCAUGCUGUGACCGGUCACACCACAUCCUCAAACCCUUUCUCUUUGGUGUAAUCGAGCGUGCGAUAAUAAAGCUAAAAUUCGAAUGUAGGA